UAGACAUACUUAAAUAUAUGACACCGUUGACUUUUUUUCAUUCGUUUGACUAUUCAUUUUUUCUACAAAUUUUUUUAAAUAGAUAAACCUACAAGUUAAAAUAUAAAGUAAAGUACAUUUAAUAAUAGAUAUAGUGAUACGCAUUUUACUUUAGCUAACUUACUCGUUCAAUUGAUAUUGGUGGUCAAAGUUAGAGUAAAAAGUAAACAAGUGUUAUAUAUUUAAGAACAGAGGAAGUACAUGAUGAUGUGCUUUGUCCAUGGCGGAUUGUUGGCAUAUGUAAUCAGUAAUUAUGCCAUGCAGUAGCAUAUGGCAGGGUGUGUGGGUGGUGUUGCUGUCUGACGACCAUCAGCUUAUCUUUGCUGCAUUUUUAUUUCCAGCACCAACUGGGUGAACUCUCGGGCCGGGAUCACCCAAGGACCAUAUUAUAUACUUAUUUACCUAUCAUAUUAUUUUUUUAAAAAAUUAUUUCACAGUGUUUCUUGUACUUUUUCCCCCACGAGAGGAGAUAUCUGGCAUCUAUGAGAAGGAUCUCCUGCCAGACAGCUGCCUCCACCUGAAGGCCGUGCUUGAAAGACCUAAAAUCAAAAGGCUGUACUCUUGGGAAUUCAGAAUCCAAACAAUCAGCAAAAUGAGCCACUGCCAGACUUAAAUGAGGACCCUGAUGAGGAGGAGCACAUACAGGCCCAGAUGCAACUACUAGUUCAAGACCUGGAAAACCAAGCACCAGAGCAAGGGGACCUGCAGCAGGACCAGCAUCAGGAAGAGAUGGAUCUGCAACUGAGUUUGUCUGUACCUCUCCCUUCCUUUUCAACCCCAGAUGUCAGUGGACAAAAGGGGAAUAGUUCUGGGGAAAGUGUGCAGCAGCAAGUUCAAGUGGAACAAGUGCAAGAAGAAGUCCAGCAAGAAAAUGAGCAGGUGGUUGUUCUGGCCAUUCCCGCCAUUCAGCAGCUUCAGAAUGUUCAAGAUGGGCAGAUUCCAGUGGCCCAACAGAAUGCGCAGCACAUGCCAUUUCCAGUUCAGGGGGUCCAGAACAUGGGGCCAAACCAGGAGAAUGAACACGUAGGUGGACAAUUCCUCCACCCAAUUCAGUUAAAUCAGGAAGGUGGGCCAGAAGCACAGUUCAACAUAGACUUAAAUGUAAACAUGUUCAGAGCUGAAUCAGGACACAGUAAUGAUGCUGAUCCAGGGUGGGCUGCAAGGUUGAACGAGGCCUACAACAAGCCAGUUUCUAGCCCAGAUCUGCAACAACUUUGGGCUAGAUUCUUCUCCAUGGAGGGCUCCCCUGAACAGAGAAAGAUCAAAAUGUCAACGCCACUGGUGGAAACACGGGCAAGAAGGAGCCCCAGGAUAAGGAGCCGCAAUGCUGGUUUCAAGCAUACGAGCUGCAACUCAAGGAACUGCCUGGCCUGUGCUGCUGUACCACCUACCCUGACGACCAAGGCAAUGGUGGCCAUUGGGGAGGACUUCUGCAAGAUAAGCAAAGAGAAGUUAUCUGAAGCAACUCUCCGAACCAAGCCACCAACAGCCAACCUGAUAGGUGACAAGAGAGGGGCCAGUUCAAAGAGACAGAAGGGCAACGAGAGCAUCAAGGAGGUGGAAGAAGGAGAAUGCUCGGCCACAGGAAGGAGGACCGAGAACUGAUUUGGGGCCUUCGUCAUCAUCUUUUGUCUUAUAAUGAUGUUAAGACACCUUGCAGUGAUGUCUAGUGGGAGGAUGGGGCCCACAAAACAAUAUCGUUUGUCGUGAAUUGGUGGGUAAACAUGCUUGGGUUAAUUAGUUGGAUUAUCUGGCUUCAUUUUGCCUUUUCGUUAUGUACUUUGGCAAACAUUGGGGAGUUUUCAGUGUUUUAUA